UCAAGGUCACUUUUUUGUUCGAAGGUCGUUUCGGUUUGGGCCGCUAUUCUUUAGAGUCACCUAUAUCCUCACCCGAUAAUACUGCCAACAUAGGUCUUUCAACCUUCAAAAGCUAAUGAGAAUUCAGAAAUCUACACUUAAUACCCGCGUAAUUCAAGUGGAUUGCUACUGCAUGUGCAGCUAUCAUGAUGCCUGUAGCUCAUAGUGUGUUGGCCCCGUAUGUACAGAAACAAGGGGCAGUUGGUGUUUGGGACGAAUACAAAAAUGGAAAACCUGUACAACUUGCUCACCGCAUUAACUCUGUUGCCAUUUGUUCAUCACCACCAUAUAAAUACGGCCUUCCUGACGGUUACAAUGUCAGUCCAUUCAUAUUUUAUAAUUGAUUAUUGCAGGUGAAUCUUUACAAAUGUGAUGGAGAUAAACGUUUCCGAAAGUUGGGUGGUUUUUCAGCACGAGUGAUGUGUUGUGCUUUUCGAAAUGAUGGGAAGAUGAUUAUAGUCGGUGAAGAAGGAGGUACCGUUCGUAUGUGUACAACGGAUAAGAACAAAUUUCACUUGAGAAAAAUUAAGGCUCACAAAGGGUAAUUAUGACUUUUGUAGUAGGUAAUAUCACAGUUCUGUCUCAAUGGCUUUAUUUUCCAUGGAUGGCUUACGUGCUGCAAGUCUUGGAUCAGAUGCAAAAGUGCGUAUAUGGGAUGUUACACUUGGCUCUCGUCUUGGUGAAUAUUCUGUCAACGUUGAAAAAGAAGUUGCCCGUGCCAUGACGAUGGGUAGAGAUAACAAUAAUCUUUUAUGCUACGGUGAUCUCAACGGCAACGUUGUUAUUUGUGAUAUUCGUGAGCCAAAGCCUGUCAGUAAAAUAACUGUUCCGGUUGCUGUUUCGGCUCUCUCACUUAACAAAACAGACAAGAUUUUGGCGAUCGCUGCUGGUUCUGUUGUACAGUCUUGGGACUUCUCUGCCAAAAAGUUUCUAAAUUAUGGAGAAAGUCAGAGUCUUCAUCUUCAUUAUAAAGUUAUCACCGGCAUGUUUAUUGAGCACCAUCCAGUCACUGAUGAAGAAGUCCUUUUUUCCGUUUCACUAGACAAGCUGGUAAAGUUUACAGAUCUACAGAAUGGUAAGGAGCUCCAUCAACUUCAGUGUUCCACUCCUUUGACGGCUGUUGGAGUUACACCAAAAUGUGAAACUAUUGUGAUAGGAGGAGAACGUGGUUUCGUUAAAAUUAAACACUAUGAUCGAAAACUAAACUCAUCGUUCUCUCAGAAACAGAAUGAAACUGUUCCCAGUGACACAGAAGAACCCUAUAUAAGUUUGUUAUCUGAGUUUUCGAAGCCCAAGAAAAAAGAUCGUUUUAUGCUAAUGACAAUGAAUGAAUGGUCGGAAGUUCCAGUGACUAGCUCACGUCGUGCACCUAAAGAUUGGUUUUCAACUGAUGAGGUUGACAAAGUAUCAAAACCAGUUGUUCCACUGGUUCAUCAGCAAACUGAAAUAUCUCUCAGUAGUCGAUCGUUUUAUGCUCAUACUUUGACAAAUACAUCUAGUCGUGUGGACACGUUAUUGAGACGUUUCAAUCAUUCACGCGCUCUCACUUUAGCUCUAACUUGCCAGUCUUGGAUGCGACGAUCGAGGAAAACAACUCCUCCAGAUCCUCGGUAUUGUCUCAACAUGUCACUUGCUGUCAUACGUGAAUUAAUAAGAAGAGACACGUUAAAUGCAGCGGUUGCAGGCAGAGACAAUCAUCAGCUGGAAUAUAUUUUCAGAUUUAUAUACAAUAACGUCUGGAAGAAGGAUGCUGCUGCAGUGUGCUUGGAAUUAUAUCAUUGUAUACUGAAUACUUAUACAAGUGAAGAACUAAUGGAGAUUAAUGGGUUUAGAAAAGUCAACAGACUGCUCGAACUGACAGCUUCAAAUUUGUAUAGCUUGAGGAGAAUUGUCGACACUAUCACCUGUCAGUCGCAUGGUCUUACUGAGUCGAAUAAUAAAGAUGUGACAGAAGAUAUUCACAACCUUCCACUUUCUAAUAUCAAAGAGUCACCAGACAGUAAACAUUUCAUCACGCCAGCUAAGAAACGUGCUAAAACUGAAUCUGUUUAGCUACUUACUUCUAUUGUACACAGUGCAGAUAAAAUUUCU